AUCCCCCCGACCAACCCUUCCAACGAGAUCCACCCUUUGCGGCUCCACCCCUCUUCCUCGCGCGCGCCCCCAGUCCCAUCGCCCAAUCCCUUCCACGCUCGCCGCCGGUCUGCGGCUCCAUCCCUCUUGCUCGCGCGCCCCCGGAGCAGCAUCAGCCAAUCCUUCCAACGAGAUUCGGAGCUCGCCGCCGCCUCCGUCCGCAGCUCCAUCCCUCUCGCUCGCGCGCUGCCACUCCGUCGACGGCGAGGAAGAAGAUGACGAUGGCGAGGACGGCGAAGGAGAAGCAAGCCGGCGGAGCUGAAACAAUGGAAGUGCUCCUCGGCAGGUCACCUGAGAUUCCCAGCAAGAUGGUGGAUGAUUGGGAACGAAUAGUCCUGGACCUUCCCAGCAGCGAUGAAUCAACAAUUCAUCCAGGAAAUGAUCUCCUCGUACAAGCCCUGCAGCAUUAUUUUGGCAACACAUAUUUGGUGCAGCCAGUACAUGACAUGGUUGGUUUCUGGGGAUCCAAGAUGGAGCAAGACGCAGAAUUGAUACGCCCAGGUGACAAGUGUCGAAAAUACAUAUUUCUCCUGAAUAACACAUGUGUUGUUCGUCAAAUGGUGCGGCGUCCAGGAGCAUCCUUCCCCGAUGUAGAACCCCUGCUCACUUCAAUGAUCAAGCGGUACAGGAAGUGCUACUUGGACGAGUGUUGGGCUCCGCUCAAGUGUUUAAGCUCGGAGGAGUUUACCGCCGAAUUUCUUGCCACCUGUAAUCGCCAGAUGAAGUGGAAGGUUGCAGCCGAGGUCAGGUACAAACUGCGGCAGGAGAUUGCGGAAUUGAUCGUUCCACCGUGCGACGGAAGCCAUGUGAUAGAAGGGUUAUUUGAAGGAUGAGCAGCUAAGCGCAUGGGGAGGAGCCGAGGAGGACACUGGGCUUGUAAACGGCCGUUGCACUCGUGGGUGCAGGAGGAGGAAACGCUAAUCCUAACUGUAAUUUCAAAAAAAAGAAAAAGUAACUUCUACUCCUUCUGUCUCAUAAUGUAAGAUAUUUUUUGAUACUACUAAUAUAGUGUCAAAAAGCGUCUGACGUUAUGGGACAGAAAGAGUAGUAAAUAGCUUCCUGCCAUAUCUUGUUUUUUUUCGAGUGGCUGCCAUGCCUUACUAGUUGCACCAGUGCCUCCAUAUUUUUCUCUCUUGUAUAGGGUUGUUUUUUGUAGCACCUGUGAAUCUGUUAUAGAAGUAUAUAUACAUAGAAAAUUGACAUUUUUGUUUCUGUUCUCAUGUAUGGCUCAUCUGACAAGUCGAAAUAUGAAAG